AAAAAAAUAGAAAUUAAGGCUAAGGGAUUUACAUGGUUUUAAUAACUGAGCCUGUCUGGACGAAAUGGAAUGGGACUAACCUGUUAUGGCAGCAAAUCGGAAAGAUUCCCUUGUGCUCACCAUAGAGGAAAGAUAUGAGUGAAUGAGCACUUUCGCUAGACCUCUUCGGACAUGGAAGAGAUGGAUUCCAAACCGUACCAGCCACUGUCGAAGGCCCGCCACGAGAUGGAAAUGGCCUACACCAGCUCGUCGGACGAGAGCGAGGACGGCCGCCGCAGGGCAAAGUCGUACACGUCCAGGGAAACGCUCCCAGACUACAGCCAGGAACUCAGACUGAACUACAACAGCCACAGCAAGAGGCAGACUACAUUCAGCGAAACAGCACAAGAAAUUGACUUUGCCAAGACACAGCCCCAGAUGCUGGGCUCCGGCUACCAGGAGGAGCUGUGCCCGGGCCCCCAGCUGGGCUACUCCCUGGGCAUGGGCAUGGGCUCGGACGUGGAGGAGGACGAGGCCGAGGGCGACCCCUCGCCCGGCCACGCCCUCCACCUCUGGAUGCAGGAAGUGAAGUCGGAGCAGAGCUCCUGCCUCUCCAGCCGUGCCAACUCCGUGCUGUCGCUGACCGACACCGAGCAGGAACGCAAGUCGGACGCCGAGAACGACAACCCCAGCAGUCCAGCCACGCAGUUCACCUUCCGGCCGCUGCCCCCUCCACCUCCGCCGCCCCACGCCUGCACCUGUGCCCGCCCGGCACCGUACGCCCACGUGACCCUGCAGCGCAGCACCAUGCCCGCCCAGAGCCACGCCAGGGACCGGGACGGCCAGGGCACAGAUGGCAUCGGGCAGAACGACAGCUCGCAGGUCAACCGCAACAACUGGGUGCUCAACAGCAACAUUCCUCUGGAGACUAGGCACUUCCUGUUCAAGCACGGCUCGGGCUCCUCGACCCUCCUGAGUGCAGCCAAUCAGAACUACCCGCUGACCUCCAACACGGUGUACUCUCCGCCCCCGCGCCCCUUACCCAGAAGCACCUUCUCCAGACCCAUGUUCACGUUCAACAAGCCCUACAAGUGCUGCAACUGGAAGUGCACCGCCCUCAGCGCCUCGGCUCUCUCUCUCUCUCUCUCUCUCUCUCUCAUCUACUGCUCGGUGCACUUGUUCGGUCUGACCUGGCACCUGCGCCCCGCCGACCCGCAGCUGUACGAGAACGGCGUGAGCAAGCUGAACCGGCCGCCGGACGCCAGCCUGGCCACUCUCCCCCCUCUGGAGGGCCUCGGCCCGGACAAGAGCCCCCAGAAGUUACAGCGUGGCCGAGCCAUAGACAGGGGCGAGGUGGAUGUCGGGGCUCAGGUGAGCCAGGUGAUUCCGCCCAGCCUCUUCUGGAGGUUCCACCUGACCAUCCACCACCCCACCUACGUCAAGUUCAACCUCUCCCUCUCACGCGACGCCCUCCUAGGGGUGUACGGCCGGAGGAACCUCCCGCCCACACACACCCAGUUUGACUUUGUGAAGCUGCUCGACGGGAAGCACCUCCUGAAGGUGGAGCCGAAGGGCCCGGAGGCCCCGGGGUCCGGAGCGGGCCCUCGGAACCAGCCCCUGAGCGGGCUGCAGGAGACAGGCUUCAUCGAGUACAUGGACCCCGGCACCUGGCACCUGGCGCUCUACAACGACGGCAAGAAGAUGGAGACCGUCCUCAUCCUCAGCACGCCCAUCGACACCAUGGAUGGCUGCUCCACCAGCUGCAAUGGCAAUGGAGAGUGUGUGGCCGGUCACUGCCAUUGUUUCCCUGGUUUCUUGGGACCUAACUGUGAAAAAGACACGUGCCCGGUGCUGUGCAGCGGUAACGGCGAGUACGAGAAGGGGCGUUGCGCGUGCCACGCCGGGUGGAAGGGCCCCGAGUGCAGCAUCCAGGAGGACCAGUGCGUGGACCCCACCUGCUCCAACCACGGCGCCUGCCUGCAGGGCAUCUGCAUCUGCGUGCCCACCUACAAGGGCAACAACUGUGAGGAGGUGGACUGCCUGGACCCUCAGUGUGCUGGCCACGGAGUGUGUGUGCGUGGCGACUGCCUGUGCUCGCCGGGCUGGGGCGGCCUCAGCUGCGAGAGCCCUCUGCCCGCCUGCCAGGAGCAGUGCUCAGGCCACGGCACCUACCUGCCCGACACCGGAACCUGCACCUGCCAACCCAACUGGACCGGCGCCGACUGCUACAUCGAGGUGUGCCCGGUGGCGUGUGGCAGCCAUGGCGUGUGCACGGAGGGCCUGUGCCAGUGUGAGGAGGGCUGGGAGGGGCUGGCGUGUGAGCGGCGGGCGUGCCACGCGCGCUGCGAGGAGCACGGGCAGUGCCGCGACGGCAAGUGCGAGUGCCACCCCGGCUGGGAGGGAGAGCACUGCACCAUAGCCCAUGACUUUGACGACGUUGUGAAAGAUGGAUGCCCGGGGCUGUGUAAUGGGAACGGGCGCUGUACCCUGGAGCAGAGCGGUUGGCACUGCGUGUGCCAGGCCGGCUGGAGUGGCCCGGGCUGUAACAUCGUCACGGAGAGGGAGUGCGACGACAACAUGGACAACGAUGGCGACGGACUGCUGGACUGCGUGGACCCUGACUGCUGUGAGGCGAUGGUGUGCAGUGCGAGUCCUCUGUGCCAGGGCUCCCCCGACCCCGGCGCGCUCCUGCAGCAGGGCCAGAGCCCCAACCCCCGCGCCCCCGCCCCCCAGUCCUUCUUCCAGCGCGUCCACUUCCUCCUGGGCAAGAGCGGCACACACACGCUGCACGGGGACAUCCCCUUCGACAGGAGUCAAGUGGCCGUGGUUCGAGGACAGGUGGUGGCAGUGGAUGGGACGCCUCUGGUUGGCGUGAAUGUGACUUUCUUCCAGCACCCCGAAUACGGCUACACCGUCAGUCGACAGGAUGGCAGUUUCGACCUUGUCACCGCCGGAGCAAUUUCGGUAACCCUGGUGUUCCAAAGGCCUCCGUUCCUCACGCAGCGACGCACCGUCUGGUUGCCAUGGAACAGCUUCAUGGUGCUGGACAAGGUCGUCAUGGCGAGGACAGAGGUCGUGGCCCCGGCCUGUGACAUCGCAAGCUUUGUGAGUCCGUACCCAGUGGUCCUGCCGUCACCCCUGACCAGGUACAUGGGCGAGUGCGCUGCCCGGGGACCAGUCAUCCCUGAACUACAGGCCGUCCAAGAGGAGAUUGUGAUCCCGGGCAGCUUUGUGAAGCUCAGCUACCUCAGCACGCGCACGGCGGGCUACCAGUCGCUGCUGCGGAUCAUCCUCACGCACGCCUCCAUGCCCGCCGGCCUCAGCAAGGUGCACGUGUCGGCCGCCAUCGAGGGCCGCCUCUACCAGAAGUGGUACCCGGCCGCGCCCGGCCUGGUCUACGUGCUCGCCUGGAACAAGACCGACAUCUACGGCCAGGAGGUGUGGGGGCUCACAGAGGCUAUUGUGUCCGUGGGCUAUGAGUAUGACUCAUGUCCAGACUUUAUUCUGUGGGAGCGGAGAACGGCCCUAAUCCAGGGAUUUGAGAUGAUGGGCUCCAAUCUGGGCGGAUGGUCCCUGGACAAACACCACGUCCUCAACCUCCAGAGUGGCAUCCUCCACAAAGGCAACGGCGAGAACCUUUUCAUCUCCCAGCAGCCUCCAGUCAUCGCCACGGUGAUGGGCAACGGCUACUACCGCACCAUCCCGUGCAUGGGCUGCAGCGGGCCGGCGCUCCAGAGCAAGCUGUUCGCGCCCGUGGCGCUCGCCUGCGGCUCCGACGGGAGCAUCUACGUGGGCGACUUCAACUUCGUCCGCCGCAUCCUGCCCAGCGGACACACGUACAACAUCCUGGAGCUCAAGAAUCGGGACACAAGGCACAGCACGAGUCCUGCGCACAAGUACUACCUGGCCCUGGACCCCGUGCACGAGACCCUCUACCUGUCCGACACCAGCAGCAGGAAGGUGUUCCGGCUGAAGACCCUGAGCGAGCCGCGGGACCCGGUGCGGAACAUGGAGGUGGUGGCGGGCACCGGGGACCAGUGUCUGCCCUUCGACCAGAGCCACUGUGGGGAAGGAGGCAAGGCCACCGCGGCCUCCCUCAACAACCCCAGAGGCAUUGCGGUGGACAAGCGGGGGUUUGUGUACUUUGUGGACGGGACCAGCAUUAAGAAGAUCAAUGAGAGGGGUGUGCUGACCACCAUCAUCGGCUCCAAUGGCCUCAUGCCCGCUCAGCCCCUCAGCUGCGACGCACGCAUGGACAUCGCACAGGUGAGACUGGAAUGGCCCACCGACCUGGCCGUCAACCCCAUGGACAACUCCCUCUACAUCCUGGACAACAACAUCGUUCUGCAGGUCUCGGAGAGCCUACAGGUGCGCAUCGUUGCCGGGCGACCCAUCCACUGCCAGGUGCCGGGCAUAGACCACUACCUGGUCAGCAAGUCGGCGGUCCACUCCACGCUGGAGGCGGCCAAGGCCAUCGCCGUGUCGCAGUACGGCGUGCUGUACAUCGCCGAGACGGACGAGCGCAAGAUCAACCGCGUGCAGCAGGUCACCACCAACGGAGAGAUAUCGGUCAUCGCCGGGGCGCCCGCCGACUGCGACUGCAAGAUCGACCCCAACUGCGAGUGCUUCUCAGGGGAUGGAGGCUACGCCCGCGACGCCCGUCUGGAGGCCCCCUCCGCCCUGGCGGUCUCGCCCAACGCCACGCUCUACAUCGCCGACCUGGGCAACAUCCGCAUCCGCGCGGUGAGCGCCAACCGGCCGCGGCCCACGCCCGCCGGCCUCUACGAGGUGCCCUCGCUGCUCGACCAGGAGCUGUACGUCUUCAGCGCCAACGGCACGCACCUGCACACGCGCCACCUCAUCACCGGCGACUUCCUGCACAACUUCACGUACGACUCGGCCGAGGGACGCCUCAGCGCCGUGGUGGCCAGCAACGGCCAGGCCGUGCACGUGAGGCGGGAGGGCGGAGGAGGUGGAGGAGGAGGAGGAGGUGGCAGCGGCGGGAGCAGUGGUGGUGGUGGUGGCGCCCCCUUGUGGCUGGUGGUGCCGGGCGGGCAGGUGUUCUGGCUGAGCGUGAGCAUGGCGGGCGGGCGGGCGCUGAAGCGGGUGUCGGCGCAGGGGCACGACGUGGCGCACCUGUCGUACCACGGCGGCACGGGUCUCCUAGCAACCAAGAGCAACGAGAACGGCUGGACCACGGUCUACGAAUACAACACUGAGGGCCACGCCAUCAACGUCACCUUUCCCACGGGGGAGGUCACCAGUUACCAUGGCAGCAUGGAGAAGUCCGUACGGGUGGAGGUGGACAGCUCCAACUCCGAGAACUUCGUCACCGCCACCAACUUCUCCGCCACGGACACCAUCUUCACCUUCCGCCAAGACCACGCUCAGAACAGCUACCGCGUGAGUGCGGACGGCUCUCUGCACGUGUCGCUGGCGAGCGGCAUGGAGGUGUCCCUGAGCGCGGAGCCCCACGUGUCCGGCGGCCUGGUCAGCCCGGCGCUCAGCCGCUGCAACAUCUCGCUGCCCAGCGAGCACGGCCCCAGCCUCAUCGAGUGGCGCCAGCGCCGCGACCAGGCCCGCGCCAACUACUCCACCUACGAGAGGAGGCUCAGGGCGCACAACCGGAACCUUCUCUCCAUCGACUUCGACCCGCACACGCGGGUGGGCAAGAUCUACGACGACCACCGCAAGUUCACGCUGCACAUCCUGUACGACGCCCAGGGCCGGCCGGUCCAGUGGUCGCCUAGCAGCAAGUACAACGAGGUCAACGCCACUUACUCUGCCACGGGUCAGGUGACCCACAUCCACCGCGGCAACUGGUCCGAGAAGCUGGAGUACGACAACGGCAAGCUGGUGUCGCGCACGUGGGUCAACGGCAAGAUCUGGACGUACUCGUUCGUGGAGAAGUCCAUCAUGCUGCUGCUGCACAGCCAGCGGCGCUACAUCUUCGAGUACGACCAGACGGACCGGCUGCUGUCGGUCACCAUGCCCAGCAUGGUGCGCCACGGCCUGCAGUCCAUGCUGUCGGUGGGCUACUACCGCAACAUCUACAGCGCGCCGGACAGCCGCGCCUCCGUCAUGCAGGACUACGCGCAGGACGGCCGGCUGCUGCAGACGCUCUACCUGGGCACGGGCCGCCGCACGCUCUACCGCUACACCAAGCAGGCGCGCCUCGCCGAGAUCCUCUACGACACCACGCUGGUCACCUUCACGCACAACGACUCGUCCGGCGUGGUCAAGACCGUCCACCUCACGCACGAGGGCUUCAUCUGCACCAUCCGCUACAGACAGAUAGGUCCUCUCGUGGGACGGCAGAUCUUCAAAUUCAGCGAGGAGGGUCUGGUGAACGCGCGCUUCGACUACAGCUACAACAACUUCCGCGUGACCAGCCUGCAGGCCACCAUCAACGAGACGCCGCUGCCCAUCGACCUCUACCGCUACGUGGACGUCUCCGGCCGCGUGGAGCAGUUCGGCAAGUUCAGCGUCAUCCACUACGACCUGAACCAGGUGAUCACCACGCACGCCAUGAAGCACACCAAGAUCUUCAGCGCCUACGGCCAGGUGGUGGAGGUGCAGUACGAGAUCCUCAAGUCCAUCGCCUACUGGAUGACGGUGCAGUACGACGCCUGGGGCCGCGUGGUCACCUGCGACGUGCGCGUGGGCGCCGACGGCAACAUCACGCGGCGCUCCUACGAGUACGACGCCGACAGCCAGCUGCAGACGGUGCUGGUCAACGAGCGGCCGCAGUGGCGCUACAGCUACGACCUCAACGGCAACAUCAACCUGCUGAGCCAGGGCGCCAGCGCCCGCCUCACGCCCAUCCGCUACGACCUGCGCGACCGCGUCACCCGCCUGGGCGAGAUCCAGUACCGCGUGGACGAGGACGGCUUCCUGCGGGCGCGCGGCGACGACGUCUUCGACUACAACUCCAACGGCCUGCUGGCGCGCGUCUACAGCCGCGUCUCGGAGCGCAGCGUCCACUACCGCUACGACGGGCUGAGCCGCCGCGUGGCCAGCCGCUCGGGCGACGGCCGCCACCACCUGCAGUUCUUCUACGCCGACCUGGCCGACCCCACGCGCGUCACGCACACCUACAACCACACCAGCGCGCAGAUCACCUCGCUCUACUACGACCUGCAGGGCCACAUCAUCGCCAUGGAGAUCAGCAGCGGCGAGGAGUACUACGUGGCGUGCGACAACACCGGCACGCCGCGCGCCGUCUUCAACAGCCGCGGCCGCGUGGUCAAGGAGGUGCUGUACACGCCGUACGGCGACAUCUACCGGGACUCCAACCCCUCCUUCCAGCUCAUCGUGGGCUUCCACGGGGGCCUGUUCGACCCGCAGACCAAGCUCGUCCACUUCGGCCGGCGCGACUACGACGUGGUGGCCGGCCGCUGGACCGCGCCCAACUACGACGUCUUCGGCGAGCUCAGCCGCAACCCCAAGCCCUUCAACCUCUACGCCUUCAAAAACAACUGCCCGGUCGGCAACAUCGAGGAAGUCACGCAGUUCACCACAGAAAUUGGCAGUUGGCUGCAGCUCUUCGGUUUCCAGCUCCACAACGUGGUGCCCGGUUUCCCCAAGCCGGACGCGCCGGGCAUGGAGCAGACGUACGAGCUGACCAAGAUGCAGACCAAGACCCAGGACUGGGACUCCAGCAAGGUGGUCCUGGGCAUUCAGUGUGAGCUCCAGCGGCAGCUGCGUAGCUUCAUCUCGCUGGACCGUCUGCCCAUGACGCCCCCUGUGGGCUCCCUGGAGCAGUGCGUCUCCUCGGCCCCCUCGUCCGGCGGGCCCGGCGGCAGCCCGCGCUUCUCCGCGCUGCCCUCCAUCUUCGGCAAGGGCGUGCGCUUCGCCAUCCUGCGCGGCCUGGUGGCGGCCGAGAUCGUGGGCGUGGCGAGCGAGGACAGCCGUCGCGUGGCGUCCCUCCUGAACGGCGCCAUGCACCUGGCGGGCCUGCGCUUCACCGUGGACGGCCGCGACACGCAUCACUUCCUGAAGCCCGGCGCCGUGGAGGACGACCUGGCCACGCUGGGCGGCCUGAGCGGCGGCCGCGUGCUGGAGAACGGCGUCAACGUCACCGUGUCGCAGAUGACCGCCGUGGUGGGCGGCCGCAGCCGGCGCUUCGCCGACAUCCAGCUGCGGCACGGCGCGCUGUGCCUGAGCGUGCGCUACGGCGCCACGCCGGACGAGGCGCGGCAGCAGCUGCUGGAGGCGGCGCGCGAGCGCGCGGUGGACGAGGCCUGGGCGCGCGAGCGGAGGCUGCUGCUGGCCGGCGAGGAGGGCGGCCGCGACUGGAGCGAGGCCGAGCGCGAGCAGCUGCGCGCCGCCGGCAGGGUGGCCGGGUACGACGGCUACUUCGUGCUGCCGGUGGAGCAGUACCUGGAGCUGGCCGACAGCACCAACAACAUUCGCUUCAUGAGGCAGAGCGAGGUGGGCCGCAGGUAACAGCAGACCGCCCAGGCGCCCAGGUGCGCACACGCUAUCAAACGGGAAGAGAAGAUUCUCUUCGUCUUUUUUUUCCUCCUGUUUUUCUUUUUUCUUUUCUGGUCGAUGGAUAUAGGAUUCUUUUGGGCUCUUUUUGGUUUCCUCUUACCCUGUCCUCCCUCACCAAAGACUGCCUGUUUUUAGACAUUUGAGGAAUUUAUCAAAACAAUUUCUAUUAAUGAACAGAGAAAAAAAAGAAAAAAAAAACAACUAAAAACGAAGGAAGAUUCAGGGGAGUGGAAUCCCAACUGCCUUUAAUCGUGACAAAAUGAUGGUAUUUUAUUAAUGUUCCAGGUGGAGUUUCUAAAGUGGCACAAAGCAUUUUUUUCUGCUGUGGCUUAGCUUUCUAUAUGGAAGUGCGCUGUUUAUUUAUUUCUUUACCUACUUUAUUUAUUUACGUAUUUAUUGAUUUAUUAAUUUAUUUAUCAAUAUUUAUGUAUUGCAUUCUUCGACACGGGACGCUUGUUUCUUGACAGCUUCUUACACUGAUGGGACAUUUGAAGAUGCAAAUCAAAGCUGCAAGACGUGCAUUACUCUCUGUUUACAGGCGUCAAAGAUGGACUGAUUAUCAUUUUUGGGUUGUUCAAUAGACCACCUCAAAAAUUCUAGUUUACAUUUUGUGCAAGAGAGGCCUUGUCAGUGACUCAUAUUGAUACUUACAAAGCUCUCUAGAAUAUCCGACUAUAAUUUAAAUAUGAUUGAAAUUAUUAUUGUCAUGAGUUUGAGUGUGAAUACUAUAUGCUCAGAAAAAAAGAACCUAUAUGUAUAUAGCAAGUGCUUUAAGAAAAAGAAAGUGCUAAAAUUUUGAAUAUGUUGUCAUACAUACUGAAGUGUUAAUAUUGUUAAUCGAUAGACGCAGUUCAAGUUUUUCAAGAAAUCUUACCUGCUAUGAGACUAUCCAUCCUGGACUUCUGAACAUAAAGGGAUA